CUUCUUUGCUACGCAAUCCACUGUCACUUGCAUGUAUAUAAGGGUGCCCUCCCGCCUACGAAUGGAGCCAGUUUAUUCCCCUGGACUAGAAAUUGUGCACUCGGAUCAGUGUUGAGCGCGACGUCUUCGGAUAAGCCACGUGUAUAAGCUCUCUCUUAGUAAGGCGACGUUCUACGCUUGGAUUCCACCCGUCACGUCGACGACCCUUCGAACGCUGCCGCGCACUCAGGCGACAAUCCCUGCCACUCCCGAUCUCGCUUGCCUCCCGGUGUCCCGCUGACUCGUUCCGUCCACACGGGCAGUGCUACUUGCAUUCCUCUUAUACCAGCCUACCUACUCGCCCUCUCCAAACAUCUCGCAAUAUGUCUCUCUCUCCAGAGCUCAACCGUCCCCUCGACGUCCUCCUCAUCGACAACUUCGAUUCCUUCACCUGGAACCUCUACCAAUCCCUCUGUCUCCUCGGCGCCGACGUCACUGUCAUCCGCAACGACGCCAUCUCCCCCGACGUCUUUCCUCUACUCAAGAUCAACUCGCUCAUCAUCUCUCCCGGCCCUGGCCAUCCGAGGACUGACUCGGGCAUCUCGCGCGACGCGAUCAGCUUUUUUGCGGGAAAGGUGCCCGUUCUAGGCGUAUGUAUGGGAUUGGAGUGCGUUGUGGAUAUCUUUGGAGGCGAAAUCGCCUACGCCGGCGAGAUCAAACACGGCAAGACCUCCCCCAUCGCCCACGACGCACGCGGAAUCUUCCUCGACGUCCCCCAAAACAUCGCCAGCACGCGCUACCACUCCCUCUCCGCCUCCAUCGCGUCCCUCCCUCCGUGCCUCGCCGUCACCGCGACGACGGCCGAGAGCGGCGUCAUCAUGGGCGUCCGUCACCGCGAGCUCACCAUCGAGGCGGUGCAGUACCACCCCGAGAGCGUGAUGAGCGAGGGCGGGGAUAGCCUGCUCGGGAACUUUCUCAAGCUCCGCGGUGGUCGAUGGGCCGACGCGGCGAACCAGUGGGCGCGCGUCGAGUCGGACGAGAAGGCCAACGGGGACGUCAACGCCGCUUCGACGUCGAGCGCUGCAGCUGCAGCGACGGCGGCAAGCAAGGUCCCGACGAUCCUGGAAAAGAUCUACGCGCAGCGCAUGCGCGACGUCGACCUCGCGAAGCGCACCCCAGGUAGCACCCCCUCGGACCUCUCCGCCCAGCUCUCGCUCUCGCUCGCCCCGCCCCUCGUGUCCUUCCCCGCCCGUCUCCGCUCCGCGGCCCCCGCGCCCGCGCUCAUGGCCGAGAUCAAGCGCGCGAGCCCGAGCAAGGGCGACAUCGCCCUGAGCGCCAACGCCGCGCAGCAGGCCCUGUCCUACGCGCUCGCGGGCGCGCGCAUCAUCUCGGUGCUCACGGAGCCGACGUGGUUCAAGGGCUCAUUGGAAGAUAUGCGCGCGGCGCGGAUGGCGGUGGACGCGCUGAGCGAGCGGCCGGCGAUUUUGAGGAAGGAUUUUAUAUUUGAUGAGUAUCAGAUUAGGGAGGCGAGGGUGUGGGGCGCGGAUACGGUUCUGUUGAUCGUGGCGAUGUUGAGCGAGGAGCGGUUGGGCGCGUUGUAUAGGUGUGCGAAGGAGCUGGGGAUGGAGCCGCUGGUGGAGGUGAAUAAUGAGAGGGAGAUGGAGGUGGCGCUGAGGGUGGGGGCGAGGGUGGUGGGCGUGAAUAAUAGGAAUUUGCAUGAUUUUGUGGUAGAUAUGGGGACGACGAGUAGGGUGGCGGAGGGGAUGAGGGGGAGGGAGGACGUGGUGCUGUGUGCGUUGAGUGGGAUUGGAGGGCCGGAGGAUGUUAGGGGGUAUGUCGGGCAGGGCGUCGGUGCCGUGCUUGUCGGGGAGGCGCUCAUGCGCGCCGAGGACCCGAGCGCGUUCGUGCGCAAGCUGCUCGAUCUCCCUGAGCCGUCUAUUAUGGAGGAGGAGGAGGAAGAAGAAGAACGGCCGCUGGUGAAGAUAUGUGGGAUACGCACGGAGGAGGAGGCGCUUGCUGCGAUGGACGCGGGCGCGGAUAUGCUCGGAUUGAUGUUCGCGCCGAAGAGCAAGAGGAGGAUAUCGCUCGACCAGGCGCAGAAGAUCUCGUUGGCGGUGCACGCCGCGCGAUUCGCUCGGCCCGUCCGCGGUGAUCUCGUCUCCUCCACCUCCGCCGGAUCCAAGCCCAAGUCCGAGUCCGCAUCGGACCUGCCGCCGCUCCCAUGGUUCGCAGCGCACGCGCGCAGACUGAGCCGGGCGCUGCGCGAGCCAGAGGCGCCCGCGAGGCCGUUGCUCGUGGGUGUGUUCCAGGACCAGCCGUUGGAGGAUGUGCGGAGGGCUGUGGAGGCGGCGCAGUUGGAUGUGGUGCAGUUGCAUGGAAGAGAGCAGGCGGAGUGGGCGCGGUGGGUGGGGGUGCCGGUUGUUAAGGUGUUUCAUGUGCCGGCGAGCGGGGAUGGAGACAAAGAGGGGGAGAGGGAUUCGCUCCGAGAGUUGACGAGGCCGGGGUUGAAUCAGUUUGUGAUGCUUGAUGCGGUCAAGCCUGGGGCGGUGGAUGGGCUGAGCGGCGGUGGGGGCGUCGCACUUGAUUGGGCGCGUGCGAGGGAGGUGGUUGAGCAGGGCGAGUUGCCGGGUGUCCGGAUCGGGGUGGGGAAGAGGGGGAGGAUGCCGAUUGUGUUGGCGGGUGGAUUGACGGUGGAGAAUGUUGGGGAGGCGGUGAGGACGGUUAGGCCGUGGGCGGUUGAUGUGAGUGGGGGUGUGGAGGGGGAGGGGGGACGGGGGAAGGAUGUGGGGAAGAUGAGGGCGUUUGUGAGGGCUGCUAAGGGGUUGUGAGGGAUGGGGGUGGUGAAUACAAAAGGUCGUGUAGAGUGUUCAUUUGUUAUUGGUAAUAUUCUUCUAUGUGAUAUAUCUAUAUUAGAUAUCUGAUAUAACAACACUAUUGCUCAUUGGAUUCUUCUCUUCCCGGG